AAGAACUUCCACGGUUUGACGAGAGCAUACCUAACGCCACCGUACCAGUAGGACGAGAAGCCGUCCUUGUAUGUAGUGUGGAGAAUCUAGGAGAUUACAAGGUGGCUUGGAUUAAGCUGGAUACUCAGACCUUGCUGACGAUCGACACAAAGGUCAUCACCAGGGAUAGUCGGAUCCGAUCCACUAACAAUUUCCGCCAGUGGUAUCUACACAUCCGAAACAUCCAAGAGGAUGACCGAGGGUACUACAUGUGUCAGAUCAACACAGAGCCCAUGAUAAGUGUGAGGGGAUUCCUCGAUGUUCUACUGCCACCGACAAUCCAAGACAAUGGAACAAGUUCCGAUGUAAUACUGAACGAAAGAUCUGCAGUAAGUCUUCAUUGCACGGCUACUGGCUAUCCUAAGCCUAAAAUAUUUUGGCGGCGAGAAGACGGGAAGGAUAUUAAUCUUGGAUCAUUUGGAGCACAGUCAUAUUCAGCUGCUAAGGUCAAGGGGAAUUUUUUGAACCUGACCCAUUUAACGAGAACUCACAUGGGAGCCUACUUGUGCAUUGCCUCCAAUGGUAUUCCUCCGUCAGUAAGCAAGCGGAUCAUGUUGGAGAUUAACUUUCCUCCUCAGAUCCGAGUACCCAAUCAAGUUAUUGGAGCCGUUCCAGGAAAUGAAGUAACACUAGAAUGUAAAGUGCAGGCUUGGCCGCGCCCUCUGACCUCUUGGGUGAGAAACGAAGACAAACUUCUCCUAGCUAACACAAAAUAUCAACUGACCGAAGAAUUAUACGGCUAUUAUAACCUUAAUAUGAAGCUCAAAAUAAGUCAUCUUCAGAAAGAAGACUUUAAUUCGUAUAAAUGUGGAGCCAAAAAUUCGUUUGGAGAAAAGGAAGGAUUUAUUCGGCUUCACGCGUUACCACCCAUACAGAAUACCAGGAAAGAAAUAAGCAGGUAUCAUGUUAAUCAGCCGAGACCGGAAGAUUUGUCGGAACUAAAAAAUAUUAGCUUGCAUGGGAAGGACAUCUCUGACGUACCAGCAAUCAACUCUUUGACAGACCAAUCUUCUCACUUGAUGACAUCAAAUAAGGGAAAGAAUGAAAGAAUGGGAAGCCUUGAGGGUUCAAAUAAUCUGAACAAGGAAAAAGACGACAGAAAACCAACCCGACAACAGGACACUGCGUUUAAUCAUUCGAAUAGAAGUUAUGGUAUUUUUAUGGGUUCGAAGGUGGUCUAUGUUUUAGUGGUGUGGAUUAUCAACUGUUGGACUUCGAAGGUUUAAGCAUUGUAUUUCACUUGAAGUGACAGCAUGUAAAUUCAGUUGUAACGCCAAACUUAUAGUAUUAAGAUACAUGACUGUGAACUUUGAUCCUGAACAUCUUAAGCCUAAGAACGUAAAUCAUACUGCUACCCUACAAGUUUUAGUGAACUCUGUAACUCCCUGCAAACCGUCAAAGAGUACGCGAUUCAAUGGAGUGAUUCGAGAUACAGGAAGGAUGUAACUUUAUGAAAUGUACUGUAACUUGUAACAAAACGCAGAGAUCAAGAAAUGAAAACACGAAUCUAUUAACUAUGUAUUUCCUUUACUAUUCCCAGUCUGUCUUAAUUCUAAAGAGUUGGUGUAUAUGUCUUACAACCCAUAAUGCGGAUCUCGUAGAAGACGAAGAAAUGACACAUUUCCAUUGAAUAAUAGUGGUGUGCAUUACGCUUAAGUUCAAUCAAAAUCACUAAACUCAAAUAUGGUAAGUAAGCAUAUUACAUCCGUUCCUAUUAUUGGUAAGCCACCUCACAUCCAAUGUUAUUAGUUAGCAACCACAUUACAUCCAAUCUGGACUUGGUACGAAACAUCAUUUAUUUGUAUAGAUAACGUUAUAGAAUAAACUGCUAAUUCAAGAUUUGAAUGAAUAUUUAGAAGCUGUUGAUAUUUGUACUGUCAUGUACUGUACGACAUGUUUACUUCGUAAUAACACCUUUACAGAAAUUUGUGAUUGUUUAUCAACGAUUAUAUGGCUAAUACUCAUACAGAAUAAGAAAAAUUCCUUACAUUGAAUGGUAAUAUUAACAAUGUACAUUGUCAUGUUAAAUUAUAACAUAAUUGUUGUAUAUAUAUCGAUCGUUAUAUAGCUGCAUGAUACCGUUAUGAAACUGGACCAUGCCAUUAUGUAGCUGUAUCUAGAACAUACCGUUACGUAGCUAGAUCAAGUCGUUGUUUAAUUAAAACAUGCCAUUAUGCAGCUGGACAUUGUAAUGAAGCUGGGACAUGCCAAUAUAGCUGUGCCAUUGCGUAAUAUAUCUUAAACAUAUCAUUAUGUAGUUUGAUUAUGUUGUUAUGUAGUUAGAACAUGCCUUUAUGUAGCUGGAUCAUGCUACUGAAUUUGGUAUUUAGUGUAUGGUGAACUGUUACUAAUGUUUGCGUUUUUACUCCAACUAAGGUUAUCACACUGUAAUAUUUAGUUCUUGUUAUAUAAUGUGUAAUAGCAAUCGUUUGAAGUAUUUUGAUGAAACAUAAAUAUAGUACAGAUAUGGUACCUUUAACUCAGCUACACAUCAGUCUUUCCGCUGUUUGUAGACCCAUAAUAAAGUGGGUUGG